AUGGCCGACGUUGCGACUGCACCCAAGCCCGACCAGCAGGUCCCGCUUGACACGAUCCCCAUCUCGCCCACGGAGGGCUCAGGCGACAGCACCAACGAGAAGUCGUCCGCCAGCAACACCACAAACGAGGGCGACGUCCGCACCGUCUUCCACGACCCCGAGAACUUCAACGUCAAGCACCCGCUCAUGAACACAUGGUCGCUAUGGUUCACCAAGCCGCCGAGCGGCAAGGGCGACAACUGGGCAGAUCUGCUGAAGGAAGUCAUUUCGUUUGACUCAGUCGAGGAGUUCUGGGGCAUCUACAACAACAUCACCCCUACCUCCGACCUUGCGCUCAAGUCCGACUACCAUCUCUUCAAGAAGGGCGUGCGGCCCGAGUGGGAAGACGCGCAGAACAAGCACGGAGGCAAGUGGGCGUUCCAGUUCAAGGACAAGAAGGCCAUCAACAUCGACGCACUCUGGCUGCACGUCAUGCUCGCUGCCAUUGGUGAGAACCUCGAGGAUGAGGAGGACAACGAGGUCAUGGGCGUUGUCGUCAACGUUCGACGAGGCUUCUACCGUAUCGGUCUCUGGACGCGGACGGUUGGUCGCGCUAUUCCAGGCGACGGCGGCAAGGCCCGUACCACUGAGCAGGGCAAGGAAGUGCUCCUCAAGAUCGGCAAGCGGUUCAAGCAGUCUCUCCAGCUCAACGACAAGGAGGCCGUAGAGUUCUCUGGUCACACCGACGCUGCACAUGCCGGCAGCACCCGUGCGAAGGCCAAAUUCGUCGUCUAA